UGAAGAGAUGCAUAAAAGGUGAUGUAUCUGAUUAAUAAACGAGAUACUGCUUCCCAGCUCAGCCAUGAGUCCUUGGUCGUCUCUCUACCGCCCGUGAAGCUAGCCCAGCCCGGCAAGGACCCCUACCACUGGGUGGGAGCACCACUAAAGGGGAAGCUUCACCAAAGAAUUUCUAGAGGACCUGUGCAGCAACCACUUGAGGAUCGAAUCUUUUCUCCGACUGUCUCUGCAGUGUACAGCACGGUAACACAGGUAGCAAGACAGCCAGGACCUCCAGCUCCUUCUCCUUACUCAGCACACGAGCUAAACAAGGGGCGUCCAAAUCUUUCGGUGACACCCCCAGGACAUGCAGCGUCCCCUGGACUCUCUCAAACCCCAUACCCCUCUGGACAGAAUGCAGGCCCGACCACACUGGUAUAUCCUCAAGCCCCUCAGACAAUGAAUUCACAACCUCAAACCCGCUCUCCGCCCAGCAGAACAGUGCCAAUUCAUUGCACAGACAACGGGAAGAGGAGGAAGGUUUUGGAACAGACUCCUGUUUACAGGUCCUUGGCUGGAAGAGGCUGGAUAAAAUACUGCAUUUUUGCAGCGGGGCCUCGACCUGUCCAUCAGUUUUUCCAGAGGCCUCAAAUACAGCCUCCUCGAGCUACCAUCCCGAACAGCAGUCCCUCCAUUCGACCUGGUGCACAGACACCCACUGCCGUGUAUCAGGCCAACCAGCACAUCAUGAUGGUCAAUCACUUGCCCAUGCCAUACCCAGUGCCCCAGGGUCCUCAGUACUGUAUACCACAGUACCGUCACAGUGGCCCUCCUUAUGUAGGACCCCCGCAGCAGUAUCCAGUGCAGCCGCCAGGGCCAGGCCCUUUCUAUCCUGGACCAGGACCCGGGGACUUCCCCGGAGCUUAUGGAACACCAUUUUACCCAAGUCAGCCAGUGUAUCAGUCUGCACCUAUCAUAGUGCCUACUCAGCAGCAGCCCCCUCCAGCCAAGAGAGAGAAAAAAACAAUAAGAAUUCGGGACCCAAACCAGGGAGGCAAAGACAUAACCGAGGAGAUAAUGUCUGGAGGUGGCAGCAGAAACCCAACCCCCCCCAUGGGGAGACCCACAUCCACACCUACUCCUCCCCAGUCCCAGCAGCUGCCCAGCCAGGUCCCUGAGCACAGCCCUGUCGUGUAUGGGACUGUGGAGAGCGUUCGUCUUGCUGUCAGCAUCCCUGUCUCUGCAGCUGUCGACCAGAAGCAAGAAGAGAAACCAAAACCAGACCCAGUGUUAAAGUCUUCUUCUCCAGUCCUGAGACUAGUCUUCAGUGGGGAGAAGACAGAACAAGCAGGCCAGACUUGUGAGGCCGGUACUGUGGAACCCGUACCAGACCUUCCAUGGCCUUCGUCAGCUGCUCCUGUGUCUCCAGUUGCUCCACGUACAGUUGCUUCCCCACCCUCUGCUGUUCUUAACAGCCAGCCAACAUUCACCACUGCUAUAGAUGAUAGAUGUGAACUCUCUUCUUCAAGAGAAGAUAAAAUCUCUAUGCCCAACCCCAUAUCUUGCACAGAAUCACCAGAUCCUUCACCAACCACUGAAAUUGAUGAGACAUGCAAGAAAACUUGUAGUGUAGCACCUACAGAUAGUCCACUUAUUUCUAGUACCAACCUAGUCAGUGAGAUGAAUGGCGUUAGUGAAAAGCUACCAGACACAGAGAGCCUUGUGGACAUAGUGAAACAGGAGGUGUUACCAUUGACUCUUGAAUUUGAGGUUCUGGGAAGUCCUCCAGAAGAAAUGAAAUUAGAGUAUGUCCCAAUUCCCACUGCCCCUUCUGCUGUUCCUUCCUUUUCUCCAUCUCCUCCAGCACCUCCAACUUCUCCUCCCAUAGCGGCCCUUGCUCCGGCUGGAGCCAUUAGUGUGAGUGUGAGUACUGCUAGCGCUCUCACCACAGUCCAGAUAGCUGUGGAAGAGGACAUGAGAAUAAGAACUGGCCUUAGUGAAGGUGCAAAAGAGAUGCAGAGCGAAAUAGAGGUAGAAGCAGAUGGGCAGCCAGAAGAGACUGUGGAUGCUCAGAACUUAAGUUCCAGAAAGAGCCCUGUCACAGCUGUGACAGCACCAAAGAUGUGGAAGAAACCAAAAGAUCGAACUCGAGCUGCUGAAGAGGUGUCAGAGGCAGGAUUGGAGCCUGAAACUGAAGAGGACCUUUCAGGUGGCCAAGAAUGUGAAUACCAACAUGACACUGGGAGCCAGGGGUUCUGUCCUGAAAGAGCUGUGGAGGACCAAGCUGAGCCCAUACGUAACGGCUCUGAGGGUGAAGAACUGGAUGUUAAUCCCAGCUCCGCUGGCAGUUCUGGUGAAGGGCUCCUGUUCCCACUGAAACCAGAAUCUUGGAAGCCUGCUGAUACUGAAGGGAAGAAACAGUAUGACAGGGAGUUCCUGCUGGACUUUCAGUUCCUGCCGGCCUGUGUGCAGAAACCAGAAGGCCUGCCUCCCAUCAGUGAUGUGGUUCUUGACAAGAUCAACCAGCCCAAACUGCCUUUGCGAACUCUAGAUCCUCGGAUUCUGCCUCGAGGACCAGACUUCACUCCAGCCUUUGCAGAUUUUGGAAGACAAGCCUCUGGCGGAAAAGGCAUCACCAUUUGUAAAGUGCAGAGCAGGCACGGACUGCCAAUUCUGGAGCAGAGCAAAUCCCCAACUUGUUCUCCACUGGCGAUGUCGCACCCACCCCUGAAGAGCCUGCCUCUAGGGUUGUUGAAUGUUGGAUCACGGAGGUCUCAACCUGGCCAGAGACGAGAGCCGAGGAAGAUCAUCACCGUUUCUGUUAAGGAAGAUGUACACCUGAAGAAGGCGGAGAAUGCCUGGAAGCCCAGCCAGAAGAGAGACAGUCAGGCAGAUGACCCUGAAAACAUUAAGACUCAGGAGCUUUUUAGAAAAGUUCGGAGCAUAUUAAAUAAAUUGACGCCACAGAUGUUCAACCAGCUGAUGAAGCAAGUGUCAGGGCUGACUGUUGACACAGAGGAGCGGCUGAAAGGAGUCAUUGACCUGGUCUUUGAGAAGGCUGUUGACGAACCGAGUUUCUCUGUGGCUUAUGCAAACAUGUGUCGAUGUCUAGUAACGCUGAAAGUGCCAAUGGCAGACAAGCCUGGCAACACGGUGAAUUUCCGAAAGCUGCUGCUGAACCGAUGUCAGAAGGAGUUUGAAAAAGAUAAAGCAGAUGAUGACGUCUUUGAAAAGAAACAGAAAGAACUGGAAGCUGCCAGUGCUCCUGAAGAGAAGGCGAGGCUGCAUGAGGAGCUAGAAGAAGCCAAAGACAAGGCCCGGCGGAGAUCUAUUGGGAACAUCAAGUUCAUCGGAGAGCUUUUUAAACUCAAGAUGCUGACAGAAGCCAUCAUGCACGACUGUGUGGUGAAGCUGCUGAAGAACCACGACGAGGAGUCUCUGGAGUGCUUGUGCCGCCUCCUCACCACCAUCGGCAAGGACCUGGACUUUGAGAAAGCAAAGCCACGUAUGGACCAAUACUUCAAUCAGAUGGAGAAAAUUGUAAAAGAAAGGAAAACCUCAUCUAGAAUUCGAUUCAUGCUUCAGGAUGUCAUAGACCUAAGACUGUGUAAUUGGAUUUCUCGAAGAGCAGAUCAAGGGCCUAAAACUAUUGAACAGAUUCACAAAGAGGCAAAAAUAGAAGAACAAGAAGAGCAAAGAAAGGUCCAGCAGCUUAUGACCAAGGAAAAAAGAAGACCAGGUGCUGCGAGAGUGGAUGAAGGAGGCUGGAACACUGUACAAGGGGCCAAGAGUAGUCGUGUGCUAGACCCCUCAAAAUUCCUGAAAAUCACUAAGCCCACGAUUGACGACAGAAUCCAGCUGGUACCUAAAGCGCAGCCAGGCAGCUGGGGGAAGGGCAGCAGCGGCGGGGCCAAGGCCAGCGAGCCAGCAGAUGCCUUACGGUCAAGUGCUUCCAGUUUAAACAGAUUCUCUGCUUUGCAACCUCCAGCGCCCUCAGGGUCUUCAUCAUCCAUCCCUUUAGAGUUUGAUUCCAGGAGGACCUUGACCAGUCGUGGAAGCAUGGGCAGAGAGAAGAAUGACAAGCCCCUUCCAUCCACGACAGCACGUCCAAACACUUUCAUGAGGGGAAAUAGCAGUAAGGACUUGCUAGCCAAUCAGUGUCAAGAAGAGCAGCGCAGAGAGAUGCUGCAGGCUGUGAAACAGCUGACAGGAGGCGCGGAUGUGGAGAGGCCUGGCACUGACGCAGACCGAAAUAAGACGAGGGAGUCAGUAGCAAAAUCAGAAAUUCCAUCAACAUCAGCACCUGACAAGCCUACCUUGUCGGAAGAAGAGAUGGAGAAGAAGUCCAAAUCUAUCAUUGAUGAGUUUCUGCAUAUUAAUGAUUUUAAAGAGGCCAUGCAGUGUGUGGAGGAGCUGAAUGCCCAAGGCCUGCUCUAUGUGUUUGUGAGAAUGGGAGUGGAGUCCACCCUGGAAAGGAGCCAGAUCACCAGGGAUCACAUGGGCCAGUUACUGUGUCAGCUGGUGCAGUCAGAAACACUCAGCAAACAGGACUUUUUCCGAGGUUUUGCAGAAACACUGGAAUCAGCAGACGAUAUGGCUAUUGAUAUUCCCCAUAUCUGGUUGUACCUUGCUGAACUGGUGGCCCCCAUGUUAAAAGAAGGCGGCAUCUCCAUGAGAGAGCUUCUUAUAGAAUUUAGCAAACCUUUACUUCCUGUUGGAAGAGCUGGGGUCUUGCUUUCUGAAAUAUUGCACCUUCUAUGCAAACAAAUGAGCCAUAAGAAGGUGGGGUCUUUAUGGCGGGAAGCUGACCUCAGCUGGAAGGACUUUUUACCUGAAGGAGAAGAUGUACAUAAUUUUCUUUUGGAACAUAAAUUGGACUUUAUAGAAUCUGACUCUUCCUCAGAAGCACUUUUGAGAAAAGAACUCUCUGCGGAGGAGAUAUACAAGCGUCUGCAAAAGCUCAUUGCUGAAGAGAAAGCCAGUGAUGAGCAGAUCUUUGACUGGGUAGAGGCUAAUCUAGACGAGAGCCAGAUGAGCUCACCAGCGUUCCUCAGAGCCUUGAUGACGGCGGUCUGCCAGGCGGCCAUCAUAGAACAUUCUGGACUUGGAAAUACUUCCCAUGGAACCACUUGCUUCUUUAUCCCUUACGUUCACAUGUUGAUUCCAAAAACUGCAGUGAGGGUGCUGGAAGAUUGCCUCACUGACCACGCACACUUCAUCCUGCACCCAGCUGACUGCUCUACCUUCAGAGUGGACACUGCUGUGAUCAAGCAGCGCGUGCCGAUCUUACUCAAGUACCUGGACUCAGAUACAGAGAAGGAGCUGCAAGCACUUUAUGCACUACAAGCGUCAGUAGUUAGAUUGGACCAACCUGCCAAUCUGCUCCGCAUGUUCUUCGACUGCCUGUAUGACGAGGAGGUCAUCUCUGAGGACGCCUUCUACAAGUGGGAGAGCAGCAAGGACCCUGCAGAGCAGCUCGGGAAGGGCGUGGCUCUCAAGUCCGUCUCGGCUUUCUUCACGUGGUUGCGGGAGGCAGAAGAGGAGUCCGAGGAUAACUAGGCCUUCAAAUACACAAAACGAAACGAAACAAUUUAAGUAUUUUUUUUAAAGUUUCACGUCUUCGCCAAUCACAGUGCAGCAAGGCCAAUUCUUGCAGAAACCGCUCGGUCCCACGAGUGGGAGAGCAAGAGCAAAGGUGAUCAUGGAGGAAAAAGUCAGCUUCAAACCCGAGGGCGCGAGCACUCAAACCAAAACACAUGUAUUAUUUAUAGAAAAUAUUUUGUUUUAAUCUUUUCUUUUUAAACAAGGACUCAUACUUUAAAAAAAAAAAAAAAGCAUCUGUUUAGCAAAAAAGAAAAAAAAAAGUUGAGAACUUUUAAUUUAUUUGAAGGACUGCAAAUGCCACUGUAAUUGUUUAAUUUGCAGUUUCUGUAAACAAGUCGGAUAAUAGAAGAGCAGAGAAAUAAAUUUCCCUCCCCUUCAGGUGCAUCUCACGUUUGUUUUAAAGCAUAGUCGUUAGUCCAGAUUUAAGAAAGUUUGGGGUGAGCAAGGGAAGAGAGAUGGGGGAGGGGUGUCAGAUCUUUCUGCCUGCCUCUCAGCUUGCUUUAGGAAAUAAAAUCGCAAUAGUAAUAAAAAAAAUUACAUAACCUUGAAAUAGAGGGAAAUUCUGUGGACCACAGAACUCCAAAAAUUGUUUUAAAAAAAUAAGUGCCACCCUGGGAAAAGUACUCUUACUACUUUUGAAAUCUUUAGAGCAACUUUAAGGCUUGUAAAUACAUAGAACAAAUAUUGAAAAAUAAAAAAAGAAAUUGACUCAAUA